GCUAUAAUGAGAUCAAAGUCUUUUGAAAAUCCCAUUGAUCAGGAAAAGUUCGACAUGAUGCAAUUUAUCUUUUUGCAGUUAACCAAAAAUAUUCCCGUUAAGCCACUGAAGGACAUUCUCAGCGAGGGCACAUUGACUAUGAAUAUAAUUAGCCCAAUAUUACGUUCCUUUUUUCACGAUGCUUCAAUACAUCCAGCCAUAUGGCCAAACACUGCUAGCAUGAGUGCCAAAGUCCGUAAACUUGCAAAUCUGGAUCCUUCACGAGCAAAGCAACCAGACAUGAUUGGUAAUGUUGUGAAUAACAGCAAAUCUACGUAUGAAAUCAUGUUUGGAGAAAUAACCGGAGAAGGGAAAAACAAUAACGACAAGAAAAACCACCUGGAUCUUGUUAGGUUAGGCAUUUUAUGA